AGGUGAAGCCAUCUUUCAGCAAUGUGGGGCUGGCCGCUGACUUAAGAGCAAGGGACGGUGCUCUGGAGUUUGCAUAAAGGUGUUUUUUGUGGGUUUCGUUUUUGUUUUGUUUUGCAUUUUAUUGGAUUGGAGCAAAUGGGAUACACUAGAACACAGAACAGGAUGCAUUGCCAUCGGAGACUGCCAAAAAAGAAUGCACCAUUGAUGGAGUCUGAAAAUACUAAAGCAGGAGAGCCGUCGCCUGCGGCUACCACCUCGCCCGGAGGACCCUCAGACCCUGCACCAACCAGCAGUCGGCACCAUGAAGUCACAGACCUUCUUGCCAUGAGUAAUGUUUCUGAAGAGGAGGAAGAGGAGAAGGAAGAGGUCUCCUCCUCUCAAGACAUAUCCCUUCUCUUUGUUGUUGAAGAACAGUCGUGGAGCACCUUCGGAUACAGUCCUCUAGAAAAAGAGACAUCUGUGGAUGUGGAAAGCAGACAGCAAGGCCCAAGGUCCUUGACAGGACUGUCAGAGAGGGAAAGCAACUUUGGCGUACAGGAAGUGAAUCAGCAGAACCCCUCUUUGGAUUUUUAUCGAGGAGAAUGUACAGCAGAUUAUUCUUCAAGGGGUCACCAGUCUUCUCUUUCCGGCUCAACCCCUUUGGAACAAGACUCAACCCCUCUCACCCAGGCAGCUGUGGAACAGUUGCAGGGUCUCGCCAUUCCUGCUGGAUUUCCCCAAGCCCUGGACUGUAAUGACACACUCCUUCAGACACAGUAUGACAAAGCCGUGAGAACAGACUCUCUUCCUACACAGGAAGAAUCGGUUUGCAGAUGCCCCCUGUUGAAUCACAGGAUUGCAAAAUGUCAUCAGAACGCUGAGUCUUCUAAAUCCAGAUCAAAUGAAGAACAGCCGGGGGAACUAGAGGCCCAGCAGGGAUUUGCUCAUAAAAUGGAAGCUCAGGGGGGAAGUAGCGACGAGAUGUCCUCAAAAAUUGACCGUGGUGCUAGGGUACAGCCCAGUCUUUCAUCAGCCAAUGAAGGGAAUAUAGGAGAGGUCAUGGGACAAAAGGAUGACAUGACGUGUUUUGCUUCUCACAAAUGCUCUGAACUUUCUAAAGGCAGGAGAAUCAAUCUUGAUGUGACCCAAGCAAAGCCUACGCCCACCUUAUCUCCUUCACCCUCCAAGACAGCCGACAAUCAUUCAGACACAGGGCAGGAGGUGGAAGAUUUGGAGGAAAAAUCCAUUCUUUCCAGCAUCCGCCGUCUCUGGAAGGAGGACGAGAUGGAAGACAAUACAGGAAGAAACGAGAUUCGUUCUUCUCUAAAAGAGGAAAUCCAAACUAAGCAUGUGCAAAGCAAUGCAAAUGGUAGAGAAUUGGAAUCUACACAGAAAGAGUUGGAAAAACCAGAGCUUGAAAAGAUGGAAGUGUCUGAGUUGGAGGACAUAAGUACGGAGGAAGAGGAGGAAAAUCUGGACUGGGAUGAAAUGAAGAAUGCAACUAAAACAGAGCAGGAAUGGCCAGAAUUAGACCAGGAGAGUAAUCAGGAAAGGGACAUGAAAGUACAGACCACAAUCAGGGAAGAGAGGCAGAAAGAGGGGCCAGUUCAAUCUUUCAGACCAGGUCUGGAAACACUCAACGAUCUGGAAAACGGCUCGGUCGUUCCAGAAUUCAGCAACAAUCAUUCUUGCCUUGAGUCUGAAGGACUGACCUUCCCUCUCAAAGAACUGUUCCCACUAGGCGCCUGCCCAGAGUCAGCGUUCAUAUUACUAGAACCACAUGAACAAACAACAAAGGCAAAUGUUGUGCUUGUGAGCAAAAGCCCAAAGGCACAGCCCGAUGCUGGACAAUGGGAAUACUCUGGUGGGCGUGACCACACUUAUUUAGUCCCCCAUAGUAGGCAAGACAGUGACAAGACUGAGGGAAGCAGAAAUGAGUGUAAGGAAAAUGUGAAGGAAGGGGAAAGUGAGAGGACUUUGGGUGGUGAAGGAAUGACAUUGCUGGUUGAAGAUUUAGCAGUAACUCCUGAGUCACAUGACUUGCAUGACUCCCAACUGGUGAAGCACCCUGUUGACGGUGAAGGUCAUGUUCUUGCUUCAACACCAGGGAUCAUAAGUGUGACUGAUUCAGUACAGAGAGAUGCUAGCAAGGGAGCCAAAGACAGCACAGUAGAUUAUGCUAUGGUGGAAGAAGAACCUGAUUCCAUCCAAGAGUUGCUGGGCAUAGCGGUUAGCAGAGAAGCUUCGGGACAGAGUAGUGACUUCACUGAUACCCAGAUUCACCAUGAACAGGCCACUGCUAGUAUAGACUUCCAUGAAGAGACUGAUAGCUCUGUCCCCAGGAGUUUGCAAACAACACUUCCCAGUCUGGAUCUGCUCAAUAUAGACAAAGAGAGUGUAGAAGUGAACCCUAUUUCAUCUUUGACUUCGAUGGAUCCAGAGUUGCUCCAGGCACAAGACGCUGGCGUGAAUGAUCUGGAGAAAUUCCAGCAGCAUCUUGUGUUUCCAAACAAAGAAGUAGAAGGAGAGACACUUUACGUAGACAAGAAUCACCUGCCUGGUCUUGUAGCUCUUGAAGAGCAGAGAACAGAAUGUGAGCACAGCUCCGAAAGUCCCUCGUCUUCUAACACCUGCAUUGCUACGGCAGGUGAAUCCCCAAUACCUUUGUCCUCUGUGCCUGUCCCUGAUCAGACAGACACCCAUGAAACAGUUUUCAGCCAGUUCAUUCAAUCCUCUCCACUCGCACUGGAUUGUGGACAGUCAGCCUGGCUUGAAAUCCCUCCACCCGAUGCCAACUUGCAUGCCCAGCCCCCAUGUCUAAAUCUUGAUCCCAAGCAUCCCGCACAACCCCUAGAGCUACUGCCCUCUUCCAACCAAACUGACCAUUUGCUAACCAUUCAGCCUACUUCUGUGCCAGUAUUUUCAGCUCCCACGCUCGACGUGGAAGCUUCUGUCGUGCCACUUGUCUCAGAACUUGGUCCCAACCAGCUCCCAGAUCAAGUAUUCACUUUUGACUGUUCUCCAUCAUUGGAGUAUGGUGCCAAACAUCCUGAGUCUUUGCCAGUGCUUCUUCCACAAUCCAAUCUUUCUGUAUGCCCUGCUCCUAAUGCCAACCAAUCCCUCGAACCCUUCAUAACUAAUGCCAGCCAGAUGAGGGAGGCUACAGCUCCCGAGCUUAACGUCAGCCUCUUCCUCCCUCAGCUUCCAGUUUUUGAUUUUAACACUGAUCUUCCCAACCUACCUCCUGCUUCUUCCUUCAGUGUACCUCCAACUAUAGGCGACAACCAGUCUGCCCAGCAACCAGUAGAAUCCAACACCUGCUUAGCAGGUGUUGCCCAGAUACCUACGAGUUUGGCCACUGAUAACCCAGUCACCCAGACCUCACCAUCUGUUCUUGAAGCCAAAAGUCGCACCCAGAUCUUGCGUGCCCAUGGCAGAACAGAAGAAACAACUCCAGUUCAUUUGGCCAACAUGGAGGUUGGGAGAGCUCCACAAGGCCACGGAAAUACACUGAGGGACUCGGGAGUCAGUCCGUUGGUCACACAUUCUAAUUUAGCAUCAGCCCUAGACCCUUCCUGUACUCUUGAGGAAACAGUCAAUAUUACGGACAAGUACAAUGGUAAAUCUUUGUCGGAUCACAGCCCCCAGCCUUCCCUGGGGUGCCAGGAAAUGCCUGAAGCUGUGGAGGGCAGAUCUUCCAUGCAGAGCCCUCCACUGCUAGCAUUCAAUAACCCAAUUUAUUUCCUCCAGCUCGGCCCCCCAUCCCCACCAACUAUCAGACGCUCGAGAAAGCAACAUGCCAUCUCUCAGGGGCCACAAUGGCAACAAACGGCUGAUGCCAGGGUAGACGCGGUGGACUCUACAGUAACUCAGCAAAUGACAGAAGGAAUUGGAAGGCUCUGGAAGGGCUUGGAAAAGCCAGAGGCAGAGACCAUCCCCCCAGCACUCCCAAGGAAGGAACGGACAGCCAAGCACCCGCCCUUGGAGAAAUCUAUCAGUUGUCCGAAUAGAAAUGUUAUGCGAUUGGAAGCAAAAGACCCAGAGCACAACGCGAAGGCACAAGAGAUAUUGGCCAAAAUCCGAACAAAAAGCAAAGACUGGCAUCGACUGGGCGUGAGGAAGGUCUCCAUACCGACAGAAAAUCCAUUUGAAGUGAUAGCACAUAUCGUCCCUCCAAGGAAUUAUACCCCUGCACACAAAGACCCACCUGAUCACAUGGACAGAGCUCUACAAGGAGAGAAGAAAUCUGCAGAAACUGUGGAGAAUAUCAAGAGAAGACACUCCAAAUUGAUCAACUCAUCACGGCUGCUCUAUCAGGAAUAUAGUGAUGUUGCACUGAACAAAGCCAUUCAAAACCAGAAGAGAGCUGAUUCCUUGUCUGAAGAACUAGAACAAGUAUCCCCAGGAUUUCGAAGCUCCCCAAAAUUACGAAGGAAAGUUCUCUCUUCCCAAGAUUCCUGCUUACAACGCCUGUCCGUCUCCUCCAGCGCAUCCCUCUGGCAAGAUAUCCCCAUGGUCCGAGGGAGCACCAUGCUCCUAAGCAUGACUCACGAGGAGCAGAAGUUGCAAGAGGCCAAGUUUGAACUGAUCGCUUCAGAGGCUUCGUACCUGCGGAGCUUAAACGUAGCUGUGGACCAUUUCCAGCAUUCCUCAGAACUCCAGGCUGUCCUGUCAAAUCAAGACAAACAGUGGCUUUUCUCCCGCCUGCAGGACGUCCGGGACGUUAGUGCCAAUUUCCUCUUUGACUUGGAGGAGAAGCUUGAGGAGAACAUGUUCACCUUCAACGUGUGUGAUGUAGCUCUGAAGCAUGCGCCAGAAUUUCGCCGGGUUUACCUGCCAUACGUGACAAACCAGACAUACCAGGAGCAAACCUUUCGGAGACUACUGAAUGGCGUUCCUGCCUUCCAACAAGUCUUAGAGAAGCUGGAAAGUGACCCAAUUUGUCAGCGCCUCUCCCUCAAGUCUUUCCUCAUCCUGCCAUUCCAGCGUAUCACACGGCUUAAGCUCCUCCUCCAGAACAUACUGAAAAGAACACGGCCUGGUGCUGACGAGGAAGUCCAAGCAACUCAGGCGUAUGAUGCUCUUGAGAAGCUCAUCAAAGACUGCAAUGAAAAUGUCCAGCGAAUGAAGAACACAGAGGAGUUGAUCUACUUAAGUCAGAACAUGGAGUUUGAAUGCAAGAUUUUCCCACUUAUCUCUCAGUCCCGGCGGCUGGUGAAGCGUGGUGAGCUGACAGCGCUGGAGUAUAACCUGAGCUUGAAGUGGAAACUCACCACCCGGCCUAUCUACCUGCAUCUCUUUAAUGAUUUCCUGCUUCUCUCUCGGCCCAGGGAGAAUGGACACUUUAUCGUAUUUGAUUAUGCCGCCUCCUCCGAAGUACGUGGAGAAAAGUGUGAAAUGAAACUGCACGGAGCAAAUAAAAAUGUUUUCCGUCUCUUCCUGCUGCAGAACCAUCAGGGGAAAAAAGUGGAGUUCCUCUUCCGAACAGAAACACAGAGUGAAAAACUGCGGUGGAUUUCUGCUCUUUCGCCACAGCAAGCAGAGCCUGAUCUUUUAGAUGACUCCGAUGCGCCUCAGGUUCAGUGUAUGAAGUCAUACAAAGCCCGUGAGAAUGAUGAACUGGCUCUGGAGAAGGCAGAUAUCGUUAUGGUCUUGCAGCAAAGUAUUGAUGGAUGGAUUGAAGGAGUGAAGCUCUCAGAUGGCGAGAGAGGCUGGUUCCCUUCUGAGCAGAUGGAAUUCAUCUCCAGCAGGCAUGCCCGCCAGAUGAACCUGAAAGAAGAACAGCGUGUCAAGAAUGCCAAGCAACAAGUGUUUCGCAGGAAAUAAGACCGUUUCUUCCCAACAUCAGACACACUCUCCUGCUCAAAAUGGACACGGCUGCAUUUAAGAAAAGAUAUCUCUGCAAAAGCCAAUGUUUGAUAUGCUUAUAAGGGAAAUAUUACUUGGCAAAGAAAGGGGAAAAAAUGAACUCACGGACAGAUUCCCUUCAUAUGAAUUACAAGAGGCAAAAGUGUCUUUCCUUUUUUGCCUGAAAGAAAGACGGUGAACGUCAGGACUUUGGGAGAUCCCUUGACUCCAUAUGAACUCCUCGCCUGGAAACUCUGCCUCAGCUCCUUGGUUUGCAAAAUGGGGAGGGUUACCCACCUCACCAAAACAGUGAGGCUAAAAUAUUAGAAUUUCAAUGUUUUAAAUUCCUUGGGGGGAAAGGCACUACAGAAAUGCAAAAAAAAAAAAAAAAGAAGUCGUCUUUGGUAGGUAUUAUUACAGAGAAAUACUUCAGUUGUCUUAAUUGCCAAAUUUUCUGCAUGUGUAUAUAAAGGACAGAAGUAUCCCUGGUCA